AUGUCGUCUAACAAUCCGACCCAAAUCAUUCGGAGCCCUGAAAAAGCCGAAUCCAUAUUCGAAGAAGAAGAAGAGGAGGAGGAGGAGGAAUUGGAGAUGUUGGAGACAGAAGUGAAGCAAAUGGCAAAGAAGAUUAUCGAGUACAGAGCCAAUUUACCAGAUCAACUCAAGACUACUGUCGCUUCGCUUCUUUCUUCGCAACGACCCAUUUUACCUGAUUUUGAUUCCGAGUCAGUUCCUGGACCCUCCGGCGAACUUAAUCCAGAUGAUUCAGGAAGACAGGACAAAUCCAGUAGAGCAGCAUUACUAACAGAAGAAGACCAAAAGACUUCUGAGAGAGUACAUUUGUUGAAAGAGAAAAUUUCCAGCAACGUAUCUGCUAUGCCUGUAGUUUUAAAGAGGAUGAAAGAUUGUAUUUCUAAGAUUGACAAACUAGAUUCCUACAAUUCGAUUUGUAAAAUGGAUCCACAAAUCCUGCUGUUGAAAGGAAGGGAAGGGAAGGGAUUGCUAACCAAAUUUGUCUUCAAAUCCUGGAUUUAG